CCAAGAUCUUCAAACACCUUACUUUGAUCUCGCCAAGUCCAACAUCCCAAAUCUUAUCAUCCCCUUUUUUGGUGGUUUUCCCUUUUUGCGCUUCAUCCGCUGCUUGGGUUUUUCUUUUUGCUUGCCGCUGCCACUGCCUCACAUACACACCAUCUGGCAUCCACCCCGCGUCUUGUCCUCCCUGUCUACGGAUAGUACCCUUUUCGCAGGAAGCUACCCGUCGUCUUCCCUGUUCACGGAGUAUUCCCAUUGCAGAUUGCAGAAACAACACGCACGCCAUACACCACACACCACACAUACGCACACAAAGACCCCGAAAAACCACCUUAGACCAUACACGCCAAUUGCACCUUAUUCUGCAACCUGCGGCCUGCCAUUGUUUCUCUCAGUCUCUUGGCCAUCCAUCACCCCGGCCCUUUCGCCCACCUGACCCCGAAAACCACCACACACACAACCAUCUCUCCCUCUCUCCUCCAAUCCAAAGCAGCCGGGACGACGCGGCCAGAGUACGGAUACGCAUUGACGAGCAAUUCUACCACAAACGACCACCAAGAGAUUCACCGCGACCAAACGCCCGCGACUCUCUCCUGGCGAGACGGAUAUCCAUAAUCCCACGCACCCAGUCAACAACCCACCCACUCUUACCGCAUACUGAGCUGCAUGCUGCCUACUGCGCGCGCCCACUUACGGAUACUCUCUUCUCCUCUCCGCCCUGUCUCCCUUUCUCUAUGAGGGUCUCUCAAUUAUCCAUCAGUCCAUCAAUCAAUCAGCCAUCUCGCGCCCACUUCUUCCCCUCUCAGUCAGACGCUUCUCCCGACCUCCUGCUUCCACGAAAAGCUCCCGCUGUCCGACACCUCCUCGUCGCGCGCUGAGCUGACUGGAGCUGUAAUACCGCAACUCUUCUUUCGGGUCUUCUAGCAAACGAGAAGCAUCCACACCACACCACACAGGCACACACACACACACACACACACCAGCACCACGGACAAAUACCUAGGUACCCUACCUUACCUAUUGCCUACACACACACCUCUCAGGCCCGCACCACAUUCCACGUCCCACACCCACACCCGUCUACACCUCCCGCGGCAACGGCAGCACCAUCAAGGCGGUAAAGGGAUUUGCCUGCCCUUGACCAAAGAAAACUGGCCAACUGACCUCCCCUAGUCACGGCCUCUACCCGUCGCCACCUAUUUGGUCGCCUUUCCUCCCAGGUCUUCCCAGAACCCGUCCCAGCAGCAACAAGUCAGGUCUCCCCCAGCUCAAUACUUGACCACGUAUCCAUACUGGGUACCCGUACCUUUCUACCGUACUGCCCACCGUACGGAGCAGACGCACACAUCGGCAAAGGAGACAAGAGCGCUCAAGCCCUCAGCCUCUGAAAAUCCUGAAUUUCAUCCCACCUUGGUCCUCCAACUGCCAAGAAUACUCCCGGAACCUGUUAAAGUUCCUCGCUGUCCGACCAUCUAUCCCAGCGCCCUCUCGCCCGUUAUCCUUCCUCUCUCUCUCUCUCCCUUCCCUCACAUCACUCACACGUACGGUACGGAUACUCAACGAGUCUACCAUCCUUUCCGUCUGUUUUCGCCAUUUCCCUGCGCCACGCUAGGCCCGACGUCAUCUGCUCGCCCAGCACACACCAAUCCUUGUACCCACGCCCACACGUCCACGGCCACACUCACGCUCGCCCUUUUCAUCUGGGAUCUGCGCGCACGCCGAUUUAGUUAUUCUUGUACCCCCAAGGACCCUGAAUCAUCGCACUACCGCGCCUCACAUUGAGGCAACGCCCGGUCAUCCUAUAAUCUCCCUCAUCUGCCCCGGCAACUACUACAACUACUACACACAUCAACUGUUUUCCUCGAGAUGUCAGUUCUGUUCUUAUAGCACAACGGUCCCUAGGGACACGACUUGAUCUGCAGCACUUGUCUUUCGAGACGAUCUUCAGCUGCACGUCCUCUUGAGGGCACCAACUCUCAUCAACCUAUCCAUACAACAAAACAACACCAACUACCACUACUACUCGGAGAAGCUUCUCGCAAGCAAUCUCGCGAUUACUACUACAGCUGUUACUACUACCAACAGCUCUUACGAAGUCGAUCUUCGACCGGUUGCGCCUGCUAGAAGCAUCGUUGAACGACUUGGCCUGGAAUUAUCAACCAUUCGCCACACCUCGAGCCGAGAGCCCGAAAUCACCCCCUGCACCCAACCUCGACCAACAUCACACCUCUCCACCAUGACGCACCGAACAACACAACACGACGCUGCGACGUCAAACGUCCUGGCCUGGUCAACACAUUGCGCAAAUAUGCCCUCCAUGGUAGAAGACGAGUCCGCCGACGUCGAUGAGCCACCGGAAACGCAACUCCCCAUUUCUCCCAUCACCAGCAUGUUCAAGCGGAACCCCAUCAGACGCACCACCCUCGACCACAACGCCUCUCUCUUGACCAAGGCGCUCCACAGCCCUUCCGAGGAUGAGGACCCCGAGACCCGCCCGGGUAUGUCCUUCUUUGCCCGUCGUCGCUCCAUGGCCAGCAACAUCAGCUUGGCCUCCACUGCCGACUUGACGAGCGAUACUGGCUUGACCAGCCCGUCCCGCGCCAACACUCCCAGCCCACCCCUUCCCGAGAUGCGUCUUUUGAACAUCCACGACGAGCCUGCCAAGGAGGCACCCAAGAAGCGUUGCAUCCAGUUCGCCUGCGCGGCGAAGCCCAGCAAGCCCGUUGAGCCUAUCCGCAGCCAGCCCAUGGUCAAGGCACCUUCUGCCCAGGAGCCUCAGCGAAGAUCUUGCAUCAAGUUCGCCUGCCCCGUCCCUCAGCGUCCUGCUUCGACGCAAAACACGCCUCCCCAGCGAUUGGAGAUGGCAGCCGCCAGACUUCAAGCACCUGCGCCGGCGACAGCUCGCAAGACCCGUUCGAGGUCUCCCAGACCCACACUCGCUCCUCCCCAGGUUGAAGUCUCUGUCAAGUCUCCCACCACCAAGAAGUACAUCACCGCCAACCCCUCCGACUUGAACAAUGAAUCGUCUCAAUUCCACGAGUUUGCCAGCGACAUUCCCCGCGAGGACGACUGGAUCCGUCAGGCCUUUUCAUCUCAGGGACGUCGCAUUACCAUUGACGACACUCUGAAGAAGGAGAACGCCAUUCGUAAGCUUGCUACUGAGGCGGAAGAGGAGGCUGAGCAGGAGGAGGAGGACUUGGCCACCGCCAUUGACGAUGAUGAGGACCUCGACAACCUUGAUGACGCCGACGACGAUGAAGAUGACUGCGAGGACGACGACGAGGAGGACGAAGAUGAUGAGGACGAAGAUGAGGACGACGCUUCUGAUGAGGAUGACAAUUCUGAUGGCUACAAGACGGACGAGGAAACCGGAUUCGCCGAUUCCGAGGAGGAAGAGGAAGACGAUGAUCUCCGCUUGUGGACUCCUGGCCGCUCAACCAUUCAGAACAUUGACAGCACUCCCAUCGCCCGCAGACCCUCCCUGCCCGAGCAACUUUCAGAUUCGUCCAUUGCCUCUCACAGCAGCCUCCGCGCCCGACGUGGCCGGGCUCAGCGCAUCAAGAUCCGCCCUGGCACGCCUGAGCUUCCCGACAGCACUGACUUCGUCUGCGGCACUCUCGAUGAGGACCGUCCCAUGGAAGAUGCCUACAUGUCUUGCUUGGCCGCUCGCAGACGCGAGAAGCUGCAGUUGAUUCCCCAGGACAUCGACCCCAGCUUUCCUGCUUCGGACCCAGAGGACGAGGGCGAGGAAGAGAUCUACAACCCCGUCCACCACAGCAGUGAUGAUGAGAUGUUCUUCCACGGCAAGAUGGAGGAUCUGCACCACAAGAACGACCGAAGCCGUCGCCAGAAGAAGGCGGAGCACACUCCUCCCAAGCGCUUCCACUCCCCCCCGCCCAUCAAGCGUCGUGCCUCUCCCGCUCCCAAGAACCGUGGCCGCUCCCCUCGCCGCCUCUUUGACGGUCCUUCCCCCCGUCGCUUGAGAUCCCCGGCUCCUCAGAUGCUGAAGUCUCCUCCCGCGUCUCCUCGCAAUGGACACGGCGCCAUUACUUUCAAGACCUUGGCAUCUCGCCCUGGUCUCACCGUUACCAAGUCUCUUCCUCGUCCUCCUUCCAUGUUCCCCCACAUGGCCAAGGGACGUCGCUCCAAGGCUCCUGCCAACGAUCUGCAUAUCCGCGGCGCCAUUGACAUCGUCAAGGGCUUGGAGCGCAAGCGACAGCGUCGCAAGGAAAAGUUUUAUCAAAAGUACUGCAAUCGCGCUCGUAAGGGACAAGUCCCCGAGCGCAAGCCUCAGCGCGGCCUCGGCUGUGAGCGUAUGAGGGAAUUGGGCUUGCUCAUGGCCGGCAAGAUCGACCAGGGCAACUACGUCCUCUCUGUUUAGAGAAGUGCCUACAACUACAUUGGGCGGAGUUUUUGAUUUGCAUUUACAGCGAGACCACAAGAAUUGUUUCGCAAGGCGUUUAGCAUCGGACGGUGCAUGGCAUGGUGGACUUCAUGACAUAUAUGAGACUAUUUCCCACGUCCUUUAUUUUCUUGGAUUGUACAUAUCACAUUUUUUUAUACCGGAGCGUCCUCGAUGGACGAGGGCUCUGUGCCUACAUGGACUUUCGCUUCAUUUUCUUUUCUUCAUCAUUUUGGGAGUCCAGCGGCAUCUGGACUUGGAGCACGAAUACCCCCUGGAAUAGCGUGUAUGAAGGCUUGUAUGGUUGUCGAGCAAACACAUAGCAUUAGGUAGCCUGAUCAACAACUGCAUUCCUGCGAGAUAUCGCAGACC